ACCUCUUCUUGUAGUUCUUCACAUUCAUCAGCCAUGUGGGUGCUUUUGGUAGCUCUUGCUGUGGGCUUUGCCGCGUGUCACCAGGCGAACCUUGCUCCAGAGUUUGCCUCUGGAAAGACCUAUGCCUACAAAUAUGAGGCCGUUGUUAUGGGCGGCCUGCCUGAAGAAGGUCUGGCACGGGCUGGAGUGAAAGUCCGUAGCAAAGUUAUGAUCUGUGCAGAGGCUGCUGACACCUUCAUGCUGAAGCUUGUGAACCCAGAAAUCUUUGAGUACAGUGGCAUCUGGCCCAAAGAUGAUUUCCUCCCAGCUACCAAGCUGACUUCAGCCUUGGAGGCUCAGCUCUUGACACCCAUCAAGUUUGAGUAUACCAACGGUGUUGUUGGAAAAGUGUUCGCUCCGGCUGGCAUCUCUACAACUGUGCUGAAUGUCUUCAGAGGAGUCCUCAACAUCUUGCAGCUGAACAUCAAGAAGACUCAAAAUGUCUAUGAGCUGCAAGAGCCUGGAACACAGGGUGUGUGCAAGACACACUAUGUCAUCAGUGAGGACACAAAGGCUGAGCGCAUCAUGUUCACCAAGUCUAAGGACCUGAACGAGUGCCAGGAGAGAAUCGUGAAGGACAUCGGUUUGACUUACACAGAGAGAUGCACUGAGUGUGAGGCUAGAGGAAAGGCCCUGAAGGGAGCUUCUGCUAUCCACUACACGAUCAAGCAAACAGACACCGGUGCUAUGCUCUUGGAGGCAAAUGGUACAGAGAUCAUCCAGUUUUCACCUAUCAACAUCAUGAAUGGUGCUGCCCAGAUGGAGUCUAAGCAAGUCCUGACCUUCCUGGAGAUUGAGAAGACCACAUUCAAGCCUAUCCAAGCUGAAUAUCUUCACCGUGGAUACCUGCAGUACCAGUUUGGCGCAGAGCUUCUCCAGACACCCAUCCAGCUUCUGAGGAUCACCAAUGUCGAGGCUCAGAUUGUUGAGAUUCUGAACCACCUGGUGACCUUCAACGUGCCCAAGGUCCACGAAGAAGCCCCUCUGAAGUUCAUUGAGCUCAUCCAGCUGCUGCGUGUGGCAAGCUCUCAGAAUAUCGAGGACCUCUGGACUCAGUUCAAAAAUAGAGCUGAUCACAGGCACUGGAUCUUGAAUGUUGUCCCUGCCAUUGCUACUCCUGAUGCUCUGAGGUUCGUAAAGGAGAAGUUCCUUGCUAACGAGCUGACUAUUGUGGAAGCUGCUCAAGCGCUGCUGUCAUCUAUACACAUGGUGACAGCUGACCUCGAGGCCAUCAAGCUUCUAAAGGACCUGACUGUGAACCAAAAGAUCAAAGACAACCCCGUUCUGCGUGAGAUUGUCAUGCUAGGAUACGGCACCAUGGUUGCUAAAUACUGUGCAGAGAACCCAACCUGCGCCGCUGAGCUUGUGACGCCCAUGCAUGAACAUGUUGUCCAGGCUGCUAGCAAGCAGGAUAUUGAGGGGCUCAUUCUCGCUCUCAAAGUUCUAGGAAAUGCUGGACAUUCUGCCAGCCUGAAGCCAAUCAUGAAGUUACUGCCUGGCUUUGGAAGUGCUACUGCUGCUGGUCUGCCACUCAGAGUUCACAUUGAGGCUGUUCUGGCCCUGAGGAACAUUGCUAAGAGGGAGCCCAAGAUGAUCCAGGAUAUGGCUGUUCAGCUGUUCAUGGACAAGGAUCUCCACUCAGAACUCCGUAUGGUUGCUGCUAUUGUGUUGUUUGAGACCAAGCUGCCCAUGGGUCUGGUGAUGACUCUUGCUGAUGCCCUCUUGACUGAGAAAAAUCUGCAGGUCUCUAGCUUUGUCUACUCUUACAUGAAGGCUAUGACCAAGAGCACCUCUCCUGACUUUGCCUCUGUUGCUGCUGCCUGUAACGUUGCUAUCAAGAUCCUCAGUCCCAAAUUCGACAGACUCAGCCAUCGCUUCAGCAGAGCUUUCUAUCUUGAUAGCUACUACGACCCCUGGAUGGUUGGUGCUGCUGCCAGCGCCUUCUAUGUUAACGAUGCUGCAACUGUUAUGCCAAGAGCCAUUGUGGCCAAAGCUCGCACCUACAUGGCAGGAGCUUAUGCUGACGUUUUUGAGGUUGGAGUGAGAACUGAGGGAAUGCAGGAGGCCUUUUUGAAAAUCCAAGAGGGUCCUGAGAAUGCUGACAGGAUGACCAAGAUGAAACAAGUUAUGAAGGCUCUUUCUGAGUGGAUGGCUCAUCCUUCCAGCCAGCCCCUGGCCUCUGUGUAUGUGAAAUUAUUCGGACAGGAAAUUGCGUUUGCCAACAUUGACAAAGCCAUUAUUAACCAGAUUAUUCAGCUUGCCAGUGGACAAGCAAUUCGCACUUAUGGCAAGGAAGCUUUGGAUGCUCUGCUGGCUGGUUUCGUAUCGCAUUACGUUAAACCAUUGCUGUUUACUGAGGUUCGUCGCAUCUUUCCCACCGCCACUGGUCUGCCCAUGGAGCUCAGUUUCUAUACUGCUGCUGUGGCUGCUGCAUCUGUUCAAUUCCAAACCACUGUUACACCAUCUCUGCCUGCCAACUAUCAAGUUUCUCAGCUUCUGAAGUCUGACAUAAACAUGAGGGCUGACAUUAGCCCCAGUGUUUCCAUGCAUACGUACGCAGUUAUGGGAGUGAAUACUGCUUUCAUCCAGGCUGUUCUGAUGUCAAGAGCCAGAGUUCACACAAUUGUUCCUGCAAAGAUAGAAGCAAGAAUUGACAUGAUUAAGGGCAACUUCAAGUUUCAGGUCCUGCCUGUUCGUGGCGUCAAUGAAAUUGUAUCUGCACGUACUGACACUGUUGCUAUUGCAAGAAAUGUGGAAGACCUCGCAGCUGCCAAAAUCACACCAAUGAUUCCAGCUGCAGCUGAAGCACAGAUGUCAAGGGAGACCUCCACUAAGAUUUCAAGGAUGGCAUCCUCUCUGGCUAGUGACAUGUCAGCAUCAUCUGAAAUCCUUCCGGCUCCCAGAGAAGGGAGACUCCCCAAGGCGUUCAAGAAGAAAAUGUGUGCUGAAAGCAAAACCUUUGGAUUCAAGGCAUGCACUGAGUUUAAAUCUCGCAACGCCUCCUUCAUCAAAAAGUGCCCAUUCUACACCAUGAUUGGAGAACAUGCUUUCUUGGUUGAGGUUUAUCCAGCUGCCGGACCAGAGGUCGAGAGAAUUGAAAUUGAGAUUCAGGUUGGAGAAAAAGCAGCAGAGAAGAUCAUCAAAGUCAUUACCAUGAGUGAGGACGACGAACCUCUCGAGGACAAGAACGUCCUGAUGAAACUCAAGAAAAUCCUGGAACCUGGUAUGAACAAAACAGCAAGUUCCUCUAGCUCCAGCAGCUCUCGUUCUCACAGCUCUCGCCCCAGCGUCUCUUCCUCUGCAUCAUCCAAGUCCUCCUCCAGCUCCUCCUCCUCCUCUCGCCAUAACAGCAAGAAGGUCGCUUCAACCAGCAGUUCUUCAAGCAGCCGUUCAUCUCGCUUGUCCAGCAGCAGUUCUUCCGGCAGACGCUCCUCCAGCUCCAGCUCCAGCUCCAGCUCCAAAACCAGCUCCAGCUCCAGCUCCAGCUCCAGCUCCAGCUCCAGGUCCAAGCAACAACUGUAUGCAAUGAACUUUACCAAGAACCACAUCCACCAGCAUGCCCUCUUCAGAGAACGUCCCAGCAGCAGGAGCAGUGCCUGGAGCUUCGAGACCAUCUACACUAAGGCCAAGUACCUCGCUAAUGAUGUCACUCCUGCUGUGACCAUUCUCAUACGUGCUGUGAGAGUCGACCACAAGGUUCAGGGAUACCAGAUUGCAGCUUACAUUGACAAAACUAAUGCCAGGCUGCAGAUCAUUUUUGCCAACCUGGAAGAGAAUGACCACUGGAGAAUCUGUGCCGAUGGUGUGGUGCUGAGCAACCAUAAACUUAUGGCUAAGUUUGCCUGGGGCCUUGAGUGCAAACAAUACGAGACUAAUAUCACAGCUGAGACUGGUGUUGUGGGUAAAGAACCUGCACUCCGCCUGAAGAUUACCUGGGGCAAACUUCCAAAGAGCAUGAAGUGUUAUGCCAAAGAGAUCUCUGACUACAUUUCCCGCAUCACAAAGGAAUUUGGAAUAACCCAGGCAAAGGUCAAUAAUGUUCCUAAUCAGAUCAAACUGUCUGUGGCUGCUGCUUCUGAGACAACCCUGAAUGUUGUUCUGAAGAUACCAAAGAAGACAAUGUACAAACUUGGCGUGGGUCUCCCUUUUUUUCUGCCAAUCGGAGAUACUGCCACUGAGCUGGAACCAUACCAGAACAACUUGGCCGACCAGAUCUCCUACGUGCUCACCAAGGCUAAUGCAGCUGAGUGUGCCUUGGUCAAAAACACACUGAUCACAUUCAACAACAGGAAAAACAGGAUUGCGAUGCCCCACUCUUGCUUCCAGAUUUUGGCUCAGGAUUGCACCCCAGAACUUAAAUUCCUUGUUCUGCUGAAGAGGGAUCAAACACAGGAACUGAACCAGAUCUAUGUCAAGAUCGAAAACCUUGAAGUGGAGCUGUAUCCCAAGGAUAGUGUUAGCAAGGUCAAGGUUAACGGUCGAGAAAUCCCCAACAGCAACCUGCCGUAUCAGCAUCCCACAGGCCAAAUUCAGAUUAGACAGAGCGGUGAGGGCAUCGCUCUCCAUGCUCCCCGUUAUGGUCUCCAGGAGGUCUUCCUUGAUCUGAACAAACUGAAGGUUAAAGUUGUGGACUGGAUGAGAGGACAGACUUGUGGACUCUGUGGAAAGGCUGAUGGUGAAAUCAGACAGGAGUUCCAGACACCCAACAAACGCCUGACCAUGAACGCAGUCAGCUUCACUCAUUCCUGGGUUCUGGCUGGAAAGAGCUGCCAUGAUGCCUCUGAGUGUUUCAUGAAGCUUGAAUCUGUGAAGCUGGAGAAGCAGGUGAACCUCCAUGGCCAAGAGUGCAAAUGCUACUCUGUUGAGCCUGUGCUGCGCUGUCUGCCCGGCUGCGUCCCAGUGAGGACCACACCUGUCACUGUUGGCUUCCACUGCCUGCCCGUUGGUGCUAACCUGAACCGCUCUGAUCAAAUCAGCAUCUUUCAGAAGAGCAUUGACCUGACGGAUGAAGCCGAAGCCCACCUGGCCUGUCGCUGCCCCGCUCAAUGCGCAUAAUCUCACUGCCUUCAGUCAAAUGAUGUUGUACCUUUUGUUUCAGACAAAGUAUUUCUGAUUCCCUUGUUGAACUGUAAACUGUUAACUUUCUUGUAAGAAACAAUGGCAGUUACUAAAUGUUAAUAAAGCAAACUGAAAAAUCACAA